CCCUCGACCGAACGACUCCAACCAACCCGGAACUUUAAAUCCACUAAUCAUUCCUGAAAACUUGAAGUGAGGAGUUUCCUCCUGCUCUCCGAGGAGUUCAGAUGUUUCUGUAAGAGAAGAAGAGAGUGACUUCUGGGAGACAAGGGUUGUUUUUUUUUCUCCCUCUGAAGGAAUAGAAAACGCACAGAGAGACCGUGACAAAUGUUUCUCGCGCAGACUGCGGCAGUUCUGUAGGACAGUGGCAUCGACUCGCCUUUUCAAAUCAGAGUGGUGGAAUUAAGAGGUGCCAAAAUGCCUCAGCAGAAGGACAUUGUGAAGAUAGCCAUCCAGAUGCCUGGGGCUUAUCCACAGCUCAUACAACUUGAUCAGAAAAAACCCCUUUCUGCUGUAAUAAAGGAAGUGUGUGAUGGCUGGAAUCUCCCAGGUCCUGACAACUAUGCUCUGCAGUAUGCUGAUGGAGUACAGACGUACAUCACUGAAUCAAAUCGUCUGGACAUUAAAAACGGCUGCAUUCUGCGUCUGACCAAGGCACCGAGUCGCUGUGCCGAAGACUUGUUCAAGGGCAUCCAGAGCUCAGACUCGGGCGUGCGCUGCGACUCGUUGAAGGAGCUGGCGAACGUUUCCACGGACGUGACCUUUGCCCAGGAGUUCAUCAGCCGAGACGGACACCUCUUAUUGGUCAAGAUAGUAGAGGAUUCUAAUGAGAGUAAUGUGAUCAUGACCCACACUCUGACAGCCUUCAUGGAACUGAUGGAUCAUGGGAUAGUUUCUUGGGAAAACCUCUCAACCGUCUUCAUCAAGAAGAUUGCCGGCUUUGUCAACGCCAAGCUUACCGAUGCAUCGAUGCAGCAGGUGUCCUUGGACAUCCUGGAGAGCAUGGUGCUGAGCAGUCACGGCCUCUUCCUACAGGUCAAACAGGAAGUCACCAUGGAGAGACUUGUAGCUCACCUCCAAGUGACAAAUCAGCAGAUACAGACCAAAGCCAUGGCCCUGCUGAUGGCCCUACUACAGACAGCCGGAGACUCAGACAGACAGGACAUGUUUGCCUUCCUGAACAAGAAGAAUCUCCGUCAGUACAUUUAUAAGAACAUCAUCCAUAGCUCUGGAUCAGUCCAGGAUGAGAUGGCCCACUACCUCUAUGUCCUACAGUCCGUUACUAUGAAUCACCUGGAGCCUCGCAUGAGGACGCCACUGGACUGUUAUAGCCAGGAGCAAAGAGACAUCCUUCACAGUUUGCGUCAGGCAGCGUUCGAGACAGAAAGCGAGAACAGCCUGAGCCACGAGAGGCGGCGCUCGCUCUGCGCUAAAGAGUUUAAGAAACUAGGCUUCUCUAACAACAGUAACCCAGGUCAGGACUUGUUGCGGACGCCUCCUGGUCUUUUAGCGAUGGACACCAUGUUUUAUUUUGCUUCACGGUAUCCUGAUGCUUACAGCAGGUUUGUUCUUGAGAACAGCAGUAGGGAGGACAAACACGAGUGUCCAUUUGCCAGGAGCAGCAUACAGCUCACACUCAUCCUAUGUGAAAUUCUUCGUAUUGGAGAGCCACCCUCAGAGACGGGAUCUAACUACCAUCCCAUCUUCUUCAGCCAGGAUCGACUCAUGGAGGAGCUUUUCUGUGUUUGUAUUCAGCUGCUCAACAAAACAUGGAAGGAGAUGAGAGCCACUCAGGAGGACUUUGACAAGGUGAUGCAGGUGGUGAGGGAGCAGAUUACCAGGACGCUGUCCAGUAAGCCCACCUCCCUGGAGCUCUUUAAGAACAAAGUCCACGCCCUCAACUACAGCGAGAUCCUCAAACUGCGGCAGACCGAGCGGCUGCACCAGGAGGAGAUUCUUGCUCCACCCGUACUUGAGCUCAAAGAGCGCCUGAAGCCAGAGCUGCUCGAGUUGAUCCGCCAGCAGAGACUCAACAGACUGUGUCAGGGAACAAUGUUCAGGAAGAUCAGCAGCCGACGUAGACAAGAUAAACUUUGGUACUGCCGCUUGUCGCCCAAUCACAAAAUGCUUCACUACGGCGACGCGGAGGAAGAUACAGACAAUCCGACUAUAGAAACACUUCAGGAGAAGAUUCCGGUUGCAGAUAUUAAAGGGCUGCUGACGGGAAAAGACUGUCCUCAUAUGAAAGAGAACAAAGGCAAACAGACCAAGGAGGGGCUGGACCUGGCGUUCAGCAUCACGUACGAUGUAGAGGAGUACAGUCUGAACUUCAUCGCUCCCACCAGAACGGACUUCUGCCUGUGGACAGAUGGAUUGAGUGUUCUCCUGGGCCGGGAGAUGAGUAGUGAUUCCAUGCGCAGCGAGCUGGAGAUCCUCCUCUCCAUGGAGAUUAAGCUCCGCCUCCUGGACCUGGAGAACGUCCCCAUCCCCGACAGCGCACCCGUCGUCCCCAAACCUCCGAGCAACUUCAACUUCUGCUACGACUUUAGUCAGACUGAGCAGUAGAGUGUGUGUAUGAAUGUGUAAAUAUACUUAUAUACUGUGUGUGCAUGUGCGCGCGCGUGUGUGUGUGUGUGUGUGUGUGUGUGUGGUGCAUCCACGUACUCAUGAACACAGUCUAUUAUCCUGAGAUUACACACACACACCCUCCUUCCACCUGGUUCUUUACGUCCAAGUGAAGCAAUGCAAACACGCAAAGAACCUCUUUUAACUCCACGGACACUGUAAAAUAUCACCAAUCAAGUAACGGUACUUUAAUUUCCCUAAACACAUGUAAAACUAUGCAUGGUACAUGGACUCUUCGCACUUUACCCCACUGUGGGUGCAGAUGCUUUGAUCUGGUUGUGCUCAUCCUUUACUGCCCUGUUUCAAUGGACACUGAUCAGAACACUCAUUUAGAUGUGGUACAUGUUAAGACUCCUUUUCAACAAAGAAACACAGUAUGUUUUUAGUGUUUGCUCAAUUUUACCUAUAGGUAAUUCACUUUAUAGUUUCCAGCUCAAUAAUGAAAUCUAUGUACGGCUUAUUACCUUUGCCACAAUCUACAACUUUGAAAAUAAUUUCAAUCACGUUUUAGAUAAGCAAUCAUCUCUGUGUGACACAGAAAAGCAAUAAAUACCCUUUAGGUUUGCCUGAA